UAAAUUAAAUAAAUGAAAAUAUUAAACAAGGUUAAGACUAUGAACACUGGUCACCACAAUUGAAAAACGACGUGAGUAGGUGACUUUUUCAUCUCCCCCUCCAACCACCCCUCUGAACUUCACCCAUCAAACGUAUUUUGAGAGAGAGAGAGAUGUCCAACACCGACAACGCUACCACCGUUCCCUAUGUGGUGGAAGAUUGUAGAGGACGACUCCAACUGUACAGCGACGGUUCUAUAGUCCGAUCUUCUCAACCAGUUGCAGAUAUCCCUCUCCAUGAUGAUGCCUCUGUACUCUGGAAGGAUGUCCUUUUCGAUCCGGUUCAUAAUCUCCACCUCCGUCUCUACAAGCCUUCCUCUUCUUCCACAAACUCAAAGCUCCCAAUCUACUACUUCAUCCAUGGGGGUGGCUUCUGCCUCGGCUCUCGUACUUGGCCCAACUUCCACAACUACUGCCUUCGUCUCUCUUCUGAGCUUCAAGCUCUCAUCAUAUCGCCCGAUUACUGGCUCGCACCUGAGAAUCGGCUUCCGGCCGCCAUCGAAGACGGAUUCUCUACCGUUAAGUGGCUUCAAACUCAGGCUGUGUCCGAUAAUCCCGAUUCUUGGUUAACUGCUCAAGGGGUUGAUUUCCGUCGAGUUUUCAUCUCCGGCGACUCCGCCGGCGGUGACAUAGUUCAUCAUCUAGCGGUUAGACUCGGUGCCGGAUCGCUCGCAAUGGAACCAGUUCAGAUACGGGGCUACAUACUCACGAAUCCCUUUUUUGGUGGGACCGUGCGGACCAGGUCCGAGGCAGAGGGGCCGGCCGAAUCGUUCCUCAAUUUGGAACAUAUUGACAUGUACUGGAGUCUGUCAUUACCGGUCGGAGAAACAGCAGAUCACCCAUUAGUGAACCCAUUUGGACCGGCUAGCCCAAGUCUUGAAUCAGUGGCUCUUGAACCAAUCUUGGUUGUGGUUGGUGACAAGGAUUUGCUAAGAGAUCGGAUUGAAGAUUAUGUGAGGAGUUUGAAAGAGUGGGGAAAGGAUAUCCAGUUUGUUGAAUUUGAGGGCGAGCAACAUUCAUUCAUUACACUCAAUCAACAGCCUGCAGUAGCGAACAAGUCGAUGCAAAUCAUAAAAGAUUUCAUUGCUAAGUACAACUCAGUCUGAGAAUAGCACCAACUUGCAUGAGCAUGUUUUGAGUCCCAACUGCCAUUCUUGCUUCAUUUGCUUUUGAAAUUUAUUGUGGUUUCUUCUUCUCCAACUGUUCCAAUGAUGAGGAAUUAAUAAAGAUCCACUUUUCUUUUAGAAAAAAUCCACCAAUAUCUAGCUAAAUUC